AUGUCUAUUACCACUCCUACGGGCGCGUAUCGCGCUUUGUUGCGUGAAUUGAGCAAGUCGGCGGUGAACAAGGGCAAGGUGCCACCUCAGAUACGCGGACACUACCGGACGCUGGUAACUCGGUACGGCGCAGACGAGCAGACUCAGAAUGCCGUGCUAUUCUUGCGAUCACAGCGCGAACAUAAGGCUUUGCUCGAGCGCUACAACCCCUUGUUCAACCUGACAGCCGAGGAACACAUCAAAGCCACCGCGAACCGCGUCGGCCUCAACAUGCCCAUCACACCAGACGGCAGUAACCCGGAGGGCAAGGAGUAG